AAACAGACUAUAGUGGGAGGUCUCUGUCAUCAUUCAAACUCCCCUUCCAUCCUACAGUGUGCCAUGCUCUGCUAGACCGACCAGACUAGUUGUCAUACUGACACAUCAAGAGGAUUAAACAACCAUUUCUCACUGGACUCAUUAUUACACGCAGAUGAUGAACCAAGAGUGAAGCUCAUGUAGAAAUACAGCAGCAGAUACACAAACAUUCAAAAUGGCCGACAUGCAGCGUCUGCUCGUUUGCCUUUCCUUUGUGACAGCAACAGCACUAGCUUCUACUCCAGUAUGUCCAGCAAAGUGUCGAUCUUGUCAAAACAACAUCACAGAUUGUUCCAUUAUGGAACUGGCAAACCCACCAAAAGAUGUAGACAAAAACACAAAGAUUUUCAACAUUGGUGGAAAUGCUUUAAGGGUUCUCGGUGAAAAUUCCUUCAGCAAACUACCAAAUGUUGAAGUCUUAAAGGCAAGUGGAAACCAAAUCAGAGUUGUGAAGAAAAAAACUUUCAAGAAUGUUCCCAAACUCAUGACCCUUGACCUGUCUAACAACAGAAUUGGAAGAAUGUACUCUCAAUCCUUGAUGGGGCUAUCAAAUCUUAAAACUCUAAACCUGGCCAACAACAAUCUUCAAACAGUGACCCAGAUCUUAGAUGUUGUUCCCACAUUGUUCCAACUCAAUCUUGGAUCCAACAAAAUAAAAGUCCUCCAUGCUAAAACCUUUUACAAGAAUGUCCAUAUGCACUACCUUGACUUGAGGUACAACAAGCUUGUCAGAGUCCAUCAAGAUGCCUUCAAACAUCAGAAAUAUUUGCGCUACUUGUUCCUCAACAACAACCCACUGGCUAGUCUUCCUGCACUCAAUAUGGGCAGCCCGAAUCUUCAACUGAUUGACUUUUCUCACUGUCAGCUGAAGAAGGUCCCUCAAGGAAUCCCCCCUUCUGUUUCCGACCUUCGUCUUGGUCAUAACAAUAUAGUUGAGAUACGUAAACGGGAUCUUGAAAAUAUCACCAGACUCCGUAUGCUAACCUUAAACAACAACAAAAUCAACAGAGUGGCAUUCAUGGCUUUCUCAAAGCUGAAGAAUCUUCAGGAGAUUUGGCUGAGAGACAAUGAUCUCAUCUAUAUCCCUCGAGGAUUGCCAGACAAUCUCAGAAAGCUUUACAUGGACUCAAACAAUGUGGUUGAUAUCCAAAAAGCCCAAUUUGCAAACACAUCCCAACUGGAAUAUUUCACAGUUGAGAAAAACAGAGUCCAAACAAUCGAAGCAGGUUCCCUGUCCAAAUUAAGGUUCCUGAAAUAUCUCAACCUUCAAGGCAAUGGAAUAUCAACCAUCUCCAAAGGCAUGUUCAGCAACAUACGAAACCUGACCACACUCACUCUUUCCAACAACCCAAUCAACAAAAUUGAGAGUGGAGCUUUUAAAAAUCUGGAGAACCUGACAUCCCUUUACAUGUCCUAUGUCCCACCUUCAGAUGAGUUUUCCCUGGAGGACAACUUCCUUCCAGGAAUGCCAAAUCUUGAAAAGCUUGGCCUGAUGGGCAGUCAAAGUCUCGCUCUGCAGCUACUCCAGAUCAUUGAUGACACACCAGUCAUGCAGCACCUGACCGAGCUGGAUCUGACCUUCAACGACAUCCAAACCCUCCCACCCUCUGUGCGGAGGGUCUUCCCUAAGAUACAGGCCCUGUCCAUUGAUGGCAACAUCCUUAAUUGUGACCACCGACUUCUCUGGCUGGCAAAGUGGAUGAAUGAAUCAGAUGUCAAAUUCUUUUCUUAUGAAGAACCACUAUGUGAGGAACCAGAAAACAACAAAGGAAAACUGCUCACCGAUGUUCCAGAGACAGAUUAUGUCGAAGUAAAACAAGAAUUACCUCCCCCUCCACCAGUGCAAGAAGAUGACACAAGGAAAGUUGAGGUGGCAGAGGAGGUGGCAGAGAAGGUGGCAGAGAAGGUGGAAGAACCAGUCCAGAAGCUGAAGGUUGUGCAAGUCGAGAGAGUUGAGAAAAUCAAACAGAGACGUAAAGGCCUAAAUCCAGCACACAGGGUGGUGAACGUACCAGCCAAAGCUGCAGCAACAACAACAACAGCAGCUCCUGUAGCAUCCAGAGUAGAGGCAACAACAGCAAAAGCUCCUCAACGUGUUGGCAGACGUCAAAGGCCAACCAAAAACAAGGCAGCCAACAAAAGACAAAGGCGACUGAGGAACAGAAGACGAAAGAAGACUGAUAAGAAACGUCGAAGGAAAAGGCGUCACCGAAAGACGGAGGAUGACAGGCAGAGAAGAUAUGGAAAUGGCCGGAAGAGGAACAGGAACAGGAACAGGAACAGGAACAGAUCAGCAACAGCUGCACUGGCAGCUUAAAUGACAUGGUGCGUUUUUUAAACCAUUACACUUUUAAUGACCAAUAGUGAUGGAUUCUUGAAAUAGGACCAUGUACUGAAUAUAUAAUCCACAAAUUAUGGUUCCAUAAACUUUUACAAAUGAGGCAGAGUUCAGUCUUCGCAAUCAUUCUAAUGACCAAGGUAAAUGAAAUGUUUCGAACAGUUAUCACAUACUACGGAUAAAAGACUUUGCUAAAUGAGACAGAACAUGGUCUUAGCAAUCACAACACUUCUAAAAACCGAUGAAGAUGAUUCUUGAAUAGUUACAAUGCACUAUGGACCUAUUACGUUAACUCCGAAACAAACACAGUGUGAAAAGAACUGCAAACACAUUAUUCAAGGAAGAUGUUUGAUUCAACUCAUCUACUUGAAAACCAGCAUAGUGGGGUGAUGCUGGCAAGCAUAAUGGACCAAGGACUUGCGAUAAGCCCGAACAAAGACAUUUGACUCUAAAGCAGAGAUGGAAACUGAUAUCAAGUAUUUUUUAACCAUGUAACACACCCUAUCCUCCGAACAACCACAACAGUAUUUAGGCUUCAUUUUCAAAAUUACAAAUAAACCACUUGGAACUUGUUUGGGCAUCCAGGGAUGCAACGUAACCUGAAUAUUCACUAGCCCUGAAUAGUGAUAACGUAUAAGGACAACCCGUCAUAAGCCUAAAUUUCAAAAUUUCAACUAAAGAGUAGACUAAAAGACUCGGGAAAGCAGCUAGUGCCUAUAGACAUUGGCCAUUCAUCAUAUUGGUAGCAGCAGUAGCAAAUAUAUGUUAAUAUCAUAGCCAAUGUGAAGCUAAAAGAUAUUUUUAAAUAAGCCUUAUUAAUUACAGAAAUAUUUGUUUCAUAGACAUAAUUGAAACAGCUCUUCUCAGCAAAAUUGGAUGUAUAUUUAUCCAAAGGCACAGAAUUGUGGAUACAUUAUAGUAUCAUAGUAUCUUGUAUUGUAGGCCACACCAAUUUACUUUCUUCUUUAGAACUGGCAAAGAGGCAUGAGGUAAAAAUUAAAACAAAACGUUUCAGGGUUGAGUUGACUUUAGUCUCCUUUUCAAUUCAAAUUUUAAUGAAAUACAAACAAAGCAACACUAUUAAACAGAAAGCAAUUUGGUCUAAUACUUUCAAACUUUCAAAUUUGGCAUGUCAUCUUUAAAACAAGAAAAGGAGUUGGUGUGUCCUGAAUAGGAUGUGAGUUCACGUUACAGGCAGCUAGUGAGACGUUGCUGAAGCAGAGCGUUCCUCUCUGCCAGGCAAGUCACACCUGGCAAGCAGGAAAUAGAUGCUGAGUCGGCUGGUUUAGAAAUCAUCACCUUCAUUAGAAUGCUUCUUGAGAAUCCUCCACACCCAAUAUCCUUGCAUUAACAGGCCAUUACCACUGUGCCAGUACAUAUACACAUCUCUCGUAAAGACAGAAAUAGCCCAGCUGAGUAUUGGAACAAGGCGUCAUCACCUCCUGUCAACUCAUCUUCUUGUUGCUAAUGUUUAAAAAACAUUCAUUUGGCUACGAAAAACUCAUUAUUUGUUAGUAGAAAUUAUCGAUUAAUUUACCAAUGUCCCAAAAUAAUCUCCACAAUACUUACUGAAAUAUCUAUCUGAAAUAGUUUUGCUAAAAUAUCUAUCUGAAAUAGUUUUGCUAAAAUAUCUAUCUGAAAUAAUUUUGCUGAAAUAUCUAUCUCAAGUAAUCUUGCUGAAAUAUCUACCUGAAAUAAUUUUGCUGAAAUAUCUAUCUGAAAUAGUUUUGCUGAAAUAUCUAUCUGAAAUAAUUUUGCUGAAAUAUCUAUCUCAAGUAAUCUUGCUGAAAUAUCUAUCUGGAAUAGUUUUGCUGAAAUAUCUAUCUGAAAUAAUUUUGCUGAAAUAUCUAUCUCAAGUAAUCUUGCUGAAUACCUAUUUAGUAAAUGCUUAAUGCCAAUAAAUAACGCUCUUUUCACAAACAACAAAAAUCUAUUCAAGAUCAUGUAAAUUUGUCACUGUUUCCUAAAGUCAGGAUUUGACAAAUAACAAACCAUCCCACAUAACCCGACCCACCAGAACCCCAGCUGCUUGACAUGUUCAGUUGUAAAUGCAUGACCUAUUGUGAGUCAAAUGUAUGUAGAAGCUUUUGUAUUUGUAAUAAAACUAUCAGAACAUU